GAUGGUGGGGCGCGGCGCCGGAGGCUAGCUGGAGAGGCGAAGCGCAGCGCUCCGUCCCUCCCUCCGUCCCGUGGACGCGGCGCAGGGGCCAUGUGAUUGGGCGGGCGGCCCUUCCUCGGAUCCCCUCUCUUGCCCCCCCGCCUCCCUCUUGUUUGCGCCCGUGUUUCCUGGCGGAGGAAGGUGCAGAGCAUGGAGAAUGAUGAACUUCCGUCAGAGGAUGGGAUGGAUUGGUGUGGGACUGUAUCUAAUAGCAAGUGCUGCAGCAUUUUACUACGUCUUCGAAAUCAAUGAGACUUACAACCGACUAGCACUAGAACACAUUCAGCAACCCCCAGAGAAAUUUAAGCAAGAAACCAGUUGGAUGCACUCCUUAAAAACACGUCUUCUUUCUGUACCCUUUUGGCUCUGGGUCAUUAUCUUUUUAAUACCUUAUUUACAAAUGUUCUUGUUCCUUUACUCAUGUACAAGGGCUGAUCCUAAAACAGUGGGCUACUGCAUCAUUCCUAUCUGCUUGGCUGUGGUUUGCAAUCGUCACCAAACAUUUGCAAAGGCCUCCAAUCAAAUCAGCAGACUGCAACUGAUUGACACGUAAGGAAAUCAGUGUGGGUUUCCCCCUGCCCCCCCAUGGCUGGUUUCUGAUAAGUUGAAGGUCAGUUGAAUAUCUGAAAGGAACUUGAAAUUCUUUUUGUCAACAUUAACUUCUGAACAGAGCACCUACCAAUCUUCUAUUUUUUUAAAUGGGAUGAUUUUAAUUAUGGAGGUAUUCUUUUUGAUGAAAAGUUCUUUAAGGACAGAGGGUAACAUUCUUCAUAUUUGCCUUACAAUGCAGAAUUUCUACACUCCACCUGAAGAUUUUAGAUUAAAAUAUAUUUGAAACCCUAAUUCACUGUGCAUCCCUCAGAUCUUCAAGCUUCCUGUAAGGGAAUUGCUGAAAAUUGACUUUGCCUAUGUUUAUAAUGUGUAAACUUUGGAAUUAUAAAGGUGGCAUUUGAGA